AUGGGCAAUAACCCCUCCACAUCCAAAUCCGCGAACCAGCCAUCGUCAUCGCAAGCCAAUUCGCAACAUGACCGAUCGGUGAAGCGCGAAGUCAGAAACCCCAUUCCCGUGCAAAGCCUCGGGGUUGCUGCCCCGCCAGAACCGUCGCUCACGCAGGCCCAGGGCAUUGCUGUCCAACCGCCGUCGAGCAGCAACAGCAGCGUCGCCAGCCGGACAAAGCCUCUGCAGCACCGACCCCUCGCCUCCAGCGUUUUUGCACCGGACUCCUCGACUGCGUCCCCGACCACCACCGCCACCAGCAGCGUAACGAGCUCCGCGAAACCCGUCGACGUCAAGCCGGCCAACCCCAUCCCAUGCGAUGAACCUGCGAAACCCGUAGCUGUACCGAACCCACUCAACUCUCCCUCCUCACCCCGAUCACCGAGAUCACCGCACUUCGACGACAGCGAUGAAGUUGCCGUGAAUGCUCUCAGCAGUAUGCAAGAAGUCUCAUACCUGACGCGCCCCCCGCGCCUCCCGCUCCCAAUUGAGGAGGAAGUCCACACGCCGGGGUCUCCGAUCAUUUCCCCGGCGGAUGUCACCGAGCCGAUUGCAGCGGAUAUCGAGGGGCUCGAUACGGCGACACUCGCACAUCCUCCCUCCAACCUGAGCGACAACUCAAUUCCGGAAGAAGAAGACGCGGAAGAGUUGCUGGUUGAUAAAACCCGACCCACUGUGCCCACCAGGUUGGAAUGGCGGCACGGCGGUGACAAGGUCUAUGUUACCGGCACCAUCUUCCAGUGGAACCGCAAGACUCGACUGCAGCCAGUUGAAGGGCAGCCGGGUGUCUUUGCGACUACGAUUCAUAUUCUCCCCGGAACACACCAUAUCCGUUUCCUCGUCGACGGCCAGAUGCAGACGACACCAGAUUACCCCACAACCGUUGACUUCGGUAACAACUUGGUCAACUACAUCGAGGUCAGCCCAGACGAUCUGCAACCCACGGCAUCCGAAACGGACGGCGCGUCUGAGCCAAAGCCUACACAAGCACAGGCUCAAACCGAAACAGCCCCAACAGCAGAGGAGGACGGUGAAAACCCGGCACCGAGGGAUCGGGAUAUCCCCCCAGCAGACCUAUUCAAGCCUAAUAUUCCUAAAUACCUCGCUGAUUUGGAUCAAGCCGAGGAAUCAUCACAAUACCAGCAUGCGGUCUUGGCCACCGAGAAGCUACCGAAUCCACCCGGUCUCCCCGGUUUCCUGAGCAAGCCCAUAUUAAAUGCGGCAACGCCGAGGAAGGACGACAAUAGUGUCUUGACUCAACCAAAUCACACCGUGCUUAAUCACCUCGCCACGAGUAAUAUCAAGAACAAGGUGCUAGCUGUCUCGGCAACCACCAGAUAUAAGAGCAAGGCAAGUCUGCGAGUGCGCCUAGGCUGCUGGGGCUGA